GCAAUAUGGCGGCACCGAGCGGGUUACCGGCGUCAGUUGCUCCCGUCAUCUGCCGCAAUGUACCCGUUUUCCCCGCGGUGCCUCUGUCCGCCGACGCCGCUCCGUUCACGCCUCAGGGGGCGGACGUGCGGCAGCGCGGCGCUCGGCAGCAGACUGACGCCGAGCGGCUUUUUUGCCGCUGCGCCGCCAAGCUCCGAGGGCUGCGGGCGGACACGAGCCAGCUGCGGGAGGAGCUCAACCUCCUCUUCGACCAGCUCAUCUCCGAGAACUUCAACCGCAGCCUGGAGCCCAACAUAAACAUUCGACCGGAGGAUGUGUGCCACCUGCUCGUGAAUGCCAGCUGUCUUGUGCCGAUGAGUCAAGAACACUUGGUGGUCAAGCUCUGCAAGCUAGUACAUCACCUCCUCAACCAGCUCAAGGUAAUAAUGGACGAGCACACGCUGGACGUAAUGCUGAAGUACAUGACGUCUGUGUUGGAAGCGUGCAGCACGUGGACGCACCUCGGCGUCUUGCAGGCGCUCGCUACCGUCGUCUACGGCAACGGACCGCAGUGCCACCAGCACCUCAAUAAUCUGCUGGGCGAAGGCGGAGUCCUGCUGCUCUACAGCGCCCCCUCACAGCCCGAUAUGGAUCUACGCCACAUGGCCCUCACCUGUAUGGCCAACAUCUGUGUCAGGAUUUCUGGUCAGCCGCCGCUGGACGACAGACACAAGAGCGUGUGUUUCUCUGUCUUCCUGGAAACUCUGCAGGCGGCCCGACCGGACGAUGGUGACGAGCUCUUUUACUGCAUUGUGAUCCAAGCAGCGCUGAAAGGACUCCACUGUUGCCUCCUGGGUGGGAAGUGGAAGUUUGGCGGCGGUGAGGUGGUCGGAUCUGUGCUGGCCGCUCUGAAGAGGCUCAUGUUUCAGGGAGCUCCGGGCGUCAGCGUGGAGUGGCCUACCGUUCUCAACCCAGCUCCUCUCCCGCACUACGAGAGUCCCUCGGAGCGCAAACCCGACGGAGAAGUCACAAAACCGACAGAAGCGGCAAAGGACGGCGGGGGGAAAGCGUCCGCGAACAAGAAGAGAAGGUCCAGAGGGAAGGGGAAGAAGACGAGCAUAGAGGAGAGCAGGCGGGACGACGAGGACGACGGAGAGGCAGCGGCGUUGGCGCCUCACAAAACAGGAAGUGAAGCCAAACCUGCGGUUUCUCUCAACCCCUCGUGGAAGCGGAAUACGUCUGAUUCAGAGUUUUCUGACCCUGAAGGCAGCGCGCAGAGCAAGCUGAGGCUUAGUCACGCUCGCGUCCGCCAGGGGGCGCUGCACUGCCUGCUGGCUGUGGUCAAGUGGGUGGAGAAGCGGACUCUGUACGGCUACUGGUCCUCGUUUAUUCCGGAAGCUCCUGUCGGAAAUGGCACAACACCACCGCUCACUCUGCUCACCAUCAUACUGAAGGACCCCUCGCCCAAGGUUCGUGCGUGCGCGCUGCAGGCGCUGUCGGCCAUGCUGGAUGGCUCCCGGCAGUUCCUGGCCGUGGCAGAGGACACGGCGUCGCCGCCCACUUCCUACACGCCGUUCUCCUUCACUUUGGCCACCGCCGUCCGAGAGCUGCACCGCUCCCUGAGCCUGGUUCUCAUGGCCGAGACGUCUCCUCAUACCCUCACGCAGGUCAUAAAGUGUUUGGCCCACCUGGUGUCCAACGCGCCAUACCAUCGCCUGAGGCCCGGCCUGCUCAGCUCGCUAUGGAAGCAGAUCCGACCAUAUGUGCGCCACAGAGAUGCGAACGUGCGAGUGUCGACCCUGACGCUCUAUGGCGCUCUGGUGACGACUCAGGCGCCUCUUCCCGAGGUGCAGCUCCUCCUCCAGCAGCCAGAGGGCAGCGGCGCGGGUGACUGUUGCGGCUCCUUCACGCCGCAGGACUCUCGCGCCCUCAGCUGGCGACGAGGAGGCGAAACGCCUUCGCCACGCGGUCCUCGCACACCCAAGGAGGCGGAGGGCGGCCCACCCUGGCUGCUGACGCUGUGCGCCGCGCUGGUGACGAUGCCCAGGGACGAGCCGUCGGACAGCGAGGGCGGAGGAGGCUCGACCUUGGAGCCGUCGCCAGUGCGACUGGAGGCCCUGCAGGUGCUUUCCCUCCUGGUGCGAGGUUAUAUCUCGCUGACCCAAGCCUCCCUGUGCGAGAUCGGGCAGCUCAGCGCUCGCUGCCUGGCCGAGAGCGACCCAUCCAUACAGCUCCACGGCGCUAAGCUGCUGGAGGAGCUCGGAACCGGAAUCAUUCAGCAGUACCAGUCGGAGAGCGACGUUUCCGAGAGCACGAGGGUCCCCAUGAGCCAAGUGGUGCAGUUCUGGAAGGAGGUGCUGAGCGGGCCUCUGAACGGGGCGCUGCAGAACCAGCAGCAUCCCACUCUGCAGACCAGUGCCUGCGAUACGCUCAGCUCCAUCUUGCCGCAGGCCUUCGCUCAGCUGCCCGAAAAGACGCAGCUAAUGUGCAUCACCGUCUUGCUGGGCCUCACCUACAGCGACAGCGACCUGGUCAAGAUGGCGGCUGUCAGGGCUCUGGGCGUCUACGUGCUCUUCCCUUGCUUGAGAGAGGACUUGAUGUUUGUGGCGGACACAGCCAACGUCAUCCUCGCCGCCCUGGACGACCGAUCCUCAAAUAUCCGCGCCAAGGCCGCUUGGUCUCUCGGCAACCUGACCGACACGCUCCUCGUCAACAUGGACUGCAUGGAGGUGGACUUCCAAGAGGAGAUGUCGGACAUGUUGCUGCUGAAGAUGCUGCAAGCGGCCACGCGGGCGGCGGCCGACAAAGACAAGGUGAAGUGCAACGCAGUGCGAGCCCUGGGAAACCUGCUGCACUUCCUCCGCGAGGGUCAGCUGAGCCGCGCACUGUUCAGGCAGCCUCUGGAGGACGCCGUGAGAGCUCUGGUCAUGUCCGUGCAGUCGGUCGCCACCAUGAAGGUCCGCUGGAACGCCUGCUACGCUCUGGGCAACGCCUUCCGGAACCCAGACCUGCCACUCGAGUCCGCGUGCUGGUCCGGCGACGCCUUCGCCGCCCUCUGCAACGUUGUGGCCUCUUGCAAGAACUUCAAGGUACGCAUCAAAUCGGCGGCCGCCCUCGCCGAGCCCGGCCACCGGCGCUGCUACGGCGACGCCGAGGGCUUCGGCCGCGUGUGGCGGUCGCUGGCGGCGGCGCUUCGGAGCAGCGAGGACACCCACGACUUCCUGGAGUACCGCUACAGCGCCAGCCUGCGCCACACGCUCUCGCGUGCCCUGCUCCACCUGCUGCGCCUCGGCCUGCCGCUGGACGUGCCUGCGAUCGCCGCUUCGCUGGUCAGCGAGGAGGACGGCGGCGGCGGCGUCAGGGAGCACCUGAUUAAAUACCUGCGGGCCGAGGGGAUGGGGGAAGAGAAGGAUGCGGCAGCGGGAGAUGCUAAGAACCCACAGCAGAGAGUCCAAAGUCUGCAGCAGACUGUUGAACGACUCAAGAUAAUGGACACUGACACAGAGGAGGAGGAGCGUGGGAAAGAAGCGCUGAUUUACUUCCUGGGGGAUUUGCUGAAAGACUGCGAGGAACCCUGAAGAACUCCCAACAAAACCCUCGUGCCUUAUUGGACCCUUUUUAUAGUAUUCCAUAAAGCACCUGUCUUUUUUUUAAAAUUCAGAAUCUCAUGAGACGUUUUGUUACUCAUCAUUUCAACAAAGUUACUAGCUCAUCUACGUUUGCCUUUUAUGUUCAAUUAAAAAACA